AUGCAUUUACCACAAAGACGGAGACUCAACCGGAGUCGCAUCCUCUUCUUCCUCUGUGGUGUAUUACUGUGCUGCGUCUACACCGUGACGUUCAAGGCCCGGCUGCAGGAGCCAUGGGUGGCCCGCCAGGCCGCAGCAGAGGAGGAUCCUGGGACAGCACUCCCAGAGGAAGGGGGCGGUAGUGAUAGUAGUAGUGUUCUGGAGGUAGACACACGAGAGGUGGUGACCUCUAACCCCUUUAGCCUAACAGAGAGCUAUGAUGAUGACGUCAUCACCAGGGCUCCUACUGUGCUGGAGGGGGAUGACGUCAUGGUGAUAACUGUCAACAGGACGGACAUUAAGCACUGUAUCUACGUAGAGGACCCUGAACCCGAGCCUCCGACUGAACCUCCUCCCACCCCCCCUCCUCCUAACACCACCACCUCCCCGGGUAUCCCUGGAGACGUCCCCCACAGGAAGGGAGAGUACCCAGAGGACCUGUUCACGGUGGACCAGAGGAGGCGGGGCUGGGUGACCCUCCACAUUCUGGGCAUGGUCUACAUGUUCGUCUCCCUCGCCAUCGUCUGUGACGAGUUCUUCGUCCCGGCGCUCGGCGUCAUCACCGUGAAGCUCGACAUCUCCGACGACGUUGCCGGGGCGACCUUCAUGGCUGCAGGAGGCUCCGCACCCGAACUGUUCACCUCUCUGAUUGGCGUGUUCAUCUCCCAUAGCAACGUGGGCAUCGGGACAAUCGUGGGGUCGGCGGUGUUUAACAUCCUGUUUGUCAUCGGGAUGUGUGCCAUCUUCUCCAGGGAGAUGCUCCACCUCACCUGGUGGCCCCUGUUCAGAGACGUCUCCUUCUACAUCAUAGAUCUGAUCAUGCUGAUCGUGUUCUUCUUGGACAACACCAUCAUGUGGUGGGAGAGCGUAAUGCUGGUGUCGGGUUACGUGGCCUACGUCUGCUUCAUGAAGUUCAACGUGCAGAUCGAACACUUCGUCAAGACGCAGAUCAACAAACACAAGAGCAUCGUGAAGAUCAUCAUGCCAGAGGAGGAGGAGGAGAAGGAACCCAAGAAGGUUGACUCACCCCAGAAGAGAGACAGAGAAAAACUGAAGGUGAAGCCCACUCUCCAGAGAGGAGGGAGUAAUGCGUCUCUCCACAACAGCACCAACAGAAACACCAUCUUCCAGCUGAUGAUCCACACACUGGACCCGCUGGGAGAAGCUGGACCUGAGAAGACUGAGCAGGCCGAACCCUCGACCUCCCAGACCACACCUAAAGAAGAGGAGAAACCAGGCCCGUCAGAGACACAGACGGACCAGGGCCCAGCGGGCGCAGGGGGAUCCGACGGCUCAGACAGCGGUGAGGAGGACGAGAGCGAAGAAGAGAGCGAGGAUGAGGAAGAUGAGGAUGAUGAAGACGAUGAUGAUGAUGAGGAAAAUAAAGAAGAGGAAGAGGGUGAAGAGAAUGAGGAACCUCUGUCGUUAGAAUGGCCAGACACCAGACGUAAACAGGCCACAUAUCUGUUUCUCCUACCGAUAGUGUUCCCUCUGUGGCUCACUGUGCCCGACGUACGCAACCCGGCUUCCAGAAAAUACUUUGCCAUGACGUUUAUUGGUUCCAUCACGUGGAUCGCUGUGUUCUCCUAUCUAAUGGUCUGGUGGGCACAUCAGGUGGGGGAGACCAUAGGCAUCUCAGAGGAGAUCAUGGGCCUGACCAUCCUGGCAGCAGGCACCUCCAUCCCUGACCUCAUCACUAGUGUCAUCGUGGCCCGUAAAGGACUGGGAGACAUGGCUGUGUCCAGCUCAGUGGGAUCCAACAUCUUCGAUAUCACUAUGGGCCUGCCCGUCCCAUGGUUGAUCUUCUCGGCGAUGCAAGGCGGUGUACCGGUGGCGGUGAACUCCAACGGUCUGUUCUGUGCCAUCGUGCUCCUCUUCGUCAUGCUCCUCUUCGUCAUCGUCAGCAUCGCGGCGUGUCGGUGGAAGAUGAGCCGUGUUCUGGGCCUCACCAUGUUCAUGCUUUACUUCGUGUUCCUGGUGCUCAGUGUGAUGCUGGAGGACCGUGUUAUUAUCUGCCCCGUCUCCAUCUGA